CUGAAAGGAAAAAAGCUGGAUUUUUAUGGACGAAGUGACACCUAUGUAAGCCUGAACAGCACCAUUCCUGAGCUCAGCCGACUCACAGUAUGCAUUGACUUGGUGCUCAUGAACUACAUCUCACGGGAUUGGAUAGCCUUUUCCUAUAUUACUAAUAACACCUUCCUGGGCAGAGAAGACAUAGAUCUUGGACUUGCAGGGAACCGCCACCACCUAAUACUUUACAAUCUGGGCAAGACAUUUUAUAUCCAUUACCACCUGACUCCAUUUCAGUGGCAUACAAUAUGCUUAAUUUGGGAUGGUGUGAAGGGCAGGUUAGAGCUGUUUCUGAAUAAAGAAAGGCUACUAGUGAUGAUGGAUCAACCACAAAACCUAACACCGAAUGGGACUUUAGUUAUAGGGCACUUUCCCAAGAAUGGGAGAGGCCGGCUUAACUUGAUGCCCCGCUUCACUGGCAGUUUGUACUACUUUCAAAUGUGGGACCACAUCCUGGAAAACAAGGACUUUUUGAAAUGUUUAGACGGAAAUGUAGUUAGUUGGGAAGAAGAUGAUUGGCUUGUCAACAAGAUCAUCCCAACUGUUGACAGGAGACUGCGCUGCUUUGUUUCUGAUAAUAUAGCAAUUCAAGGAACAAGUACAACUCUUUCACAGCAAAUAGAUUAUUUGACUACUCCAUACCAAAUUACUGGACUGAAACCACAAUGGACUCUCUAUUCUUCUACAGUCAUGUCUGAAAGCAUACCUGUGUUUGCAACUGAUUUUACAACCAUUUUGUACUCCAACAAAACAUCUCCACCACUGGAAACAAUGAUUGCAUCAAAAUAUGUCAAGCCUUCCAUGGCUGAGACAUCUACAUUAGCAGCAGAUAUUAUAUCUACUUCACCAGCCAUUAUUCUUCCUACCAAGAAUACUUCCAUAAUAACAAAUAACAAUUUCAUGAAAACAAAUAAACCUCUGUCUUCACCAAGGACAAUGACAACAAAAACUGUGGAAGCCAUUGCUUCUGAGACCUUUCAUCCAACAGCAGCAAACACUUUUCUAUACACAUCUGGAUUUACCGAGAAUUCAGUUGUAUCUAAAACCUCAGCAACCAGAUCUCAGUCUGACAUUACGAAGACAUCGUUAUUCUCGUUUGCUGGGUCAACAUCUGUGUCUCCUACAUCUUGGCCUAACCCCAAAGCCACAGAAAAUGGGAAAUUCCCUGUCUCUACAGUUGGACAAGUGUUUCAUGCAUCUUCUGCAGGAACUGUACCAUCAUCCCCAGUGGAACAGACUUCAGCUUCAACAAGUCAUAUUGGGGCUGCAUCAGUAUUCCCACCCCAGUCUGAGCUCAUUUCCACAGCUAUCCCAGUGGAUUCUGUAUUCCCUAGAAAUCAGACUGCAUCUAUGUCAGCAACAACUGAUGUGGAAAUAGUAUUUACAGUUCCUUCAGUGACUCUUCCAACUAGGUCUGUUGAGACCAUGCCUGUCCUAAGAACAGCUGAAAUAGAAUUGACAUCUACGAAUAUCCAGGAUGUCUCUUCAUUCAGAACAGAAGAUGACAUACUUACCUCUAUGCCAAAAGAUGCCUCUUCUGUGCCCUCUUCUUCCAGGACAUCCUCUUCAUUCAUUAGAGCUCAGAGUAUACAGACUGUUACAAAUACUGACACUGUCGUGACAGCUCUAACUACCGGAAUCACACUUGCACCUAUAGUGACAGACCUUAUUCUUUCCUCCACAACUGCAGGGCCAGUCUAUACACAGACUAUGCCCACAACUGGUAAAAACAUGCUUUCUUUGAGUUCCACUAGGCCUGUCUCCACAGCCAAGUCAUCUGAGUCAAGUCCCACAACUAUAACUGAUGAGACUUCUUAUCUAUUCUCCACCAAUAAGACUGCCUGGACUUCCAGGCCAGACCAGAAUCCUUUUCCAUCAAUCUAUACAAGCAACAUGCCUACAUUCAUGCCUAUCGAAGAAUUUACAUCAGCACUUCAUAGGGACACUUCUAAUAAAGCACAUUCAUCCUCAACUACUAAUAUUAUUACUCUACCAGAAACAGCCACAGAGAGUGAGUCCACCAGCACUGGUGAAGCUUUUACCACUGAAACCAGAUUCACAACAGCUGUACCCACCUUGGUAUCUCUGUGGUUUGCUAAUUUCUCCACAGUUUUUGGAACUACAUCUGGACCCAAACCAUCUGAGUUUAAAUCUACUGCUUUACUGCAAAAAAGCACUCCCAUGUCCACAGUAGCUCCAAAUGCACUUCUUUCAACACUAAGAGAAGCAACUGUUCCACCAGAAGAUAGGAAAUCUACCCUUGCUGACAUAGAGUCAGUUUUUUCUACUAAGGAGAGAUUUUCUGAGACCACACAAAUAGAAACAAAUGGAACACUUGUGUCUGUAGAGACAACAGGCCUUGUUCCUAAGUCUGUUACAACACAAAUUUCUGUUGAGACAAGAAAAGCAACAGAUGCACCUUCACAAAUGGUGACAGCCUCCACCACCAUCUCCCCUUUUCCCAAUAUAGAAAACAGUACUUUCCCAGUGGAUAACAAAACUGUAUCUACUGAUGUUAUAAAUUGGUUCAUGACAGAAUCUUUGAAAACUACACCUGACGAUUUGAAUUUUUACAAUGGAAGUACAGAAAUAUUUAAUUCUACCCACAACUAUACAGUGCAUUGGACUUCAGAGACUCCAUCAGAGGGGAAUUUAGCUCCAUCUCCCACCUCUGGGCGCACACAGACAUUUCCUGAACUCUUGGAUGUGUCCACCACAGGGGUAUUUAGGACCAUUUUCACCACUCCUUCUACAGACAGAACAGCUAUGUCCUCAUCUACUAGCACUUUACCUCUGCAACCCAUAUCUACCCAUUUCCCAGCAGCCUCUGGGCCUGUUACCCAUAUGGUCUCACUACCAGCUAGUGGCUCUGUUGUGGUGUCUGAUGUGAUUAAGGUGACUGUGCCUGAGCCUCCAACACCAGCGAAGGCUUUCUCUGCAUCUGUGCUCUCAGAUAUCUCAACUCUUCCAUCAGCUACAGAGACCACAACCUCAGUGACAACAGUGGAUCAGACUUCUUCCAUGACUAGCAAUAGCAGGCCUACCCACAGAGACUCUGAUCUAACCACUUCCGAGGCUACCCUGAUCUCUGUCAGGAUGACACCCAUGACAGUUCCUUCUGUGGUGGAAACUCCAGGCUCUUCACUGAGAACUCCUAUUCCUACCAAGAUUGAUACUAGUCUUCCUUUCAUUUCAUCUGAAAGAGUAACUCCAUGCACACAUACUCUUACCCCUUCCACAUAUCUCUUCAACACGAUUCCUGUUGUGUCCUCAACUCAUGUGACCAUGGCAGCAUCUAUACCAGUAGCAACUCAAUCUACAUCUCAAGUUGCAGAAGCUCCAGUGCUGGAGACAUCUACCCAUGCUGUGAGCCUUCCAUAUCAUUUGAGUGGUGGCACAGAGGUUCUCAGCUUGGUUACUGGCACCACAGAAACUUCUAUUGUUGAUGAAAUCUUGACUUCACAUACCUCUGCCAACAAGCUCACUACUUUGGUAGACAUUCACAGUUUUCAGUCUUCCACACAUCUUGUGAGCACACCUGCUCCCACCCCACUGGUGACAAGCACUCCUAUUGUAUCAUCCAACAACGAGCAGAUGGUUACCUCCUUAGGAAAUACUCCAAGAACUAUGAAGGCAACAGAAAUGUUCUCAUCAAAAAAUUCCUUUAUUUCAUACUCCCCGGAUACUUCAUCCUUGGAAAUGACAGAGAGAGGAUUUUCAGAAACCAUGCCUGAGGAAAAUUCAGCUACAUCCCCAACUUCUAGGAGCACACAAACUACACAUGCUUUAACCUCAGACAACACAGUAGGCACUCAAAUUUCAGAAGAGUCUACUGAUCUUGGGCAAACAACUAUCUCACAUGCUCUGACUAUCACCACUUUGUCUCCUGAAAGAGAAAGCAUGAGUGCCAUGUCAGAAGUUACUCCAAGGUCUGUGGAAAUGAUAAUAAGAUCCACCUCUGUGACUCAACCUGUUUCAUACUAUAAGGAGACUUCAUUUAUAGAUACUGAACCUUUUAAGACAACCAGAUUAUCAAGUCCAAUAAACACCAACACAAUUGUUUCACAUGUGCCAUCACUUAGAACUCAACCUAUGGUGACUUCUCUUUCCUCUUCUACUUCUGAAAGCACAAUGACUUCCCAUGAACCCCUGUCUUUUUCCACAAGUGGACUAUCCAAUAAAAAUUUUACAGUGAUCUCUACUGAUAAGGUCACUACAACUUUUUUUGUCCCAAAUGUAUAUACCCCACUUGAGAAAACCUCUAUGGUAACACCUAUUCCUAUCUCCCCUACAUCCUCCUUGCCAUUUAAUGUGACUGUUUUCACUUCCAGAAAAGUUUCUGACACUCCCACAAUACCAAUGACUGAGUCUUCCAAAACAAUACCCUCAGGUUGUUUGAAAGGUUCAUCUGUAGCCACUUCUGGGCCUAUGUCUGAGAUAUCCUCACUGCCAGUCAAAGACUCUAUUUUCUCCACAUCAGUAGUUUCUUCUGAUACUUCCACAACAGCUGAGUCAUUCUCUACUUUAUCAUCUUCAGUUAAUCCAAGGACUACUAUGACUAUAGAAAUAUCUACUUUAGAUGCCAUAUCUGAGACACUUUCUGAACCUACUGCCAAAGGCACAAUUGUUUCCUCUGCUUUCACCACAUCAGAAAUGACAACAAUGUCUUCCGGGACCACACGUACACUUUCUCCUUCUCUAAAAGAUUCAGCUUUUCCCUCUGUGAAAACCUUUCCAACCACUGUUAUAGCUGGAAAAAUGACUCCAUCGAUAGGCACGAGUCUCUUCUCUCUGCUCAGUUCUAAGAAUACUGAAGCUGUUUCCUCCACUCCUUCUAAGAAUACUGAAGCUGUUUCCUCCACUCCAACGACCACAUUUUCAUCAAUUCUAUUGACAACUCAACAGCCAUCACAAGUAGGUGUGGCAACAACUCUGGGUUUAAUACCCGGAAUUACUCAGAGCUCCCUAUCUACUAUGAGCAGUGGUAGUGAGACAGCUCUCACAAAUAUUUAUUCCAGAACAAUUGUCCCUGGAAGUGUACCUUUGCUUACAUCUUCUGAUAAUCCCCAUACAUCCAUAAAUAUUCAGGUCUCUCCAUCUUUGACUAGCUUUAACAGCACUCUCAAACCCACAAAACAGGUGAAUACCACCACUUACCUUUCUUCUAAUACAAGAAAGGUGACUGCAUUGUCAGAAAAUACUUCCUUAACAGAUGAACUAAAAGCAAGUGCCACAUCUGUGACUACUCCUAUUUCAUAUCUUCCGUUGACCUCAUCCACAGCAACUCCACUCUCUUUGACAUCAUUUCUUUAUUUGCCUCAUAGUACUGAAACUGAGUUCCUUACUACAAAAACCUCUACAGUUCCUACAUCUCAUAUGGUUGAAUUUCCUGUUCUGGGAACAGCAAUAACAUCUAGUAUCUCUCAGUCUUCCUGGAACACACCCAUAGCUACAGAGCCUCAUUUUCUAAUUUCCACUACUGCUUAUGUACCUACGCCCAACAAGAUGGAAACAGCAACUCUACAACUUGUCCCAGAGUCUUUAUCAACAUUUUCAACCUCUGAGACUGAUCUUGUAUCUGAAGAUGCUACCUCAAAGUCAUCAGUUCCCACACCUGAAAUUCUUCCUACUGUUGACCUCUCUGAGAGUCUUACAUCAUCAACAUCUCCGAGAACUAUCCUCACCACUUUGGCAGACAGUAAACAAACAGUUGAGAAGACCACGUUUGUAAUUCCUGGUAUCACACUUACAUCAAAAUCUGUCUCUGCCACAGGAGCUACAACAUUGAAGGCUACUACUCAAUCCAUGCUGACUUUGAGCUCAUCUAGUCUCUCUUCAGAUUCUCCCCUGGCAACUAUACCCAAAGCUCAUCAACCUACAGUUUCCUCUACAGUAGAGGAGUCCAAAUCCACAUUUCCUACAACUGACAUGAUACCAACAUAUCCAUUUACUAACUUUACACCACCACCCUUAGCUACUCUAGGUACCAUACUCACUAAAACCACUCCUACAUCUGCACUGGCUAGCAUAACUACUGGUUUUCAAACUUCUCUCCCCAUAUCAAUAAAAACCACAGGUGACAAUGUAUAUAGUUUCACAUCCCCUGAGGCAACACCCAGAACCACUAUGAUAGCCAACUCCAGAACUAUGUCUCAACUUCCAUCUUAUAGCAGGGUGAAUAUGUCACCUCCUGCAAAUGAUCAUACCCUGUCUAUUGGUCUCAAACCUCUGUCUAGCUCUACAGGAACAUCUUCAAGGAGCAGUAUCCCAGCUGUACCAACAAUUCCUACUUUAGUAUUUUCUAAGCCCAAACUGGACUCCCUUCCAAAUAUAACCAUUACUAGUGCUUCUACUGCUACAGGAUCCUCAUUUCCACUCGUAUCCAAUGGAGUGACACAUCCUUUCACGGCAAUUGCGUCUUCAUUGAUCUCUUCCUCUUUUGAGACAACCACGCUGGACUCCACACCUUCCUUUCUAUCUAGAGGAACAUUGACUUCAGCUAUGGCUGCUGAGUGUGCAGUUUCUUUCUACAAUAUUGAAAUGAACUUUUCAGUUUUUGAUGGCGAGUCAAGGAUUCCUAUUACCAGUGUUAUAAAUGAAUUUGCAGAAUACUGGUUGAAUUCUAUAUUUCAGGACAGUGAGUUUGUUCUUGCCAAUCUGGCUACUCAAAUUAAAAGCAGAGACACCUCUAAGGAAGAAAUAACCAUGGACCGAGCUAUUUGGGAACCAAGAGAAGGGCAAGAAACUACAAUUCCCCGUGUACCAUACAGCUGUGUUUGCCAGGUCAUCAUAAAAGCCAACUCUUCUUUAGCAUCCACUGAAUUGAUUGACAAGAUCAAAAGUAAAAUACAUGGCAACCUCACCCAUGGAAACUUCACACAAGAUCAGCUGACAUUAUUAGUAAAGUCUGAACACGUUGCAGUGAAAAAACUUGAGCCAGGAAAGUGCAAAGCCGAUAAAACAGCCUCUAAAUUCAAAGGGACAUAUAAAUGGCUAUUAACCAACCCUACUGAGAUAGCCCAAACUAGAUGCAUAAAAAAUGAGGAUGGAAAUGCUACCAGAAUCUGUUCAAUCAAUAUCAACACUGGCAAAUCUCAGUGGGAAAAACCAAAGUUUAAGCAAUGCAAGUUGCUUCAAGACCUUCCUGAUAAGAUUGUAGAUCUUGCUAAUAUUACUAUAAAUGAUGAGAAUGCAAAUGAUGUUGCAGAACACAUUUUAAAUUUGAUAAAUGAAUCCCCACCUUUGGAUGAUGAAGAAACAAAGAUUAUUGUUUCUAAAGUAUCUGAUAUUUCAAAGUGUGAUGAGAUAAGUAUGAACCUGACCCAGGUUAUAUUACAAAUAAUCAGUGCUGUUUGGGAAAAGCAAAGCAAUUUGGCAUCUGAACUGAAUGAAGUGAGCAAUGAAAUUCUGAGAAUAAUUGAUCGUGCUGGUCACAAGAUGGAGUUUUCUGGGAGGACAGCAAACUUGACAGUGGCCAGGUUGGCGUUGACUGUGCUGCGGGUGGACCACACGUUUGAAGGCAUGGCCUUUGGCAUUCGCUCUUAUGAAGAAGGCACAGACCCUGAGAUUUAUUUAGGUCAAGUCCCUCUGGGGAAGACUGUGGCCUCCAUAUAUUUGCCUAAAUCACUGAGGGAGAAAAUUCCUCUUAACAAUUUACAUACCAUCUUGUUUAAUUUCUUUGGCCAAACAUCACUUUUCAAGACCAAAACCUUCACCAAAGCAUUAACCACGUAUGUCGUGAGUGCCAGCAUUUCAGAUAUGUCCAUUCAAAACUUGGCUGAUCCAGUGGUUAUCACUCUGCAGCACAUUGAAGGAAACCAGAAUUUUGAUAAAGUUCACUGUGCCUUUUGGGACUUUGACAUAAACAAUGGGCUAGGUGGAUGGAAUUCAUCAGGCUGCAAAGUAAAUGAAACAAACAUAAAUUACACCAUAUGUCACUGUGACCACCUCACCCAUUUUGGGGUCUUAAUGGAUUUAUCCAGGUCUACAGUGGAUGCAGUGAAUGAAAGGAUACUAGUACUUAUAACAUAUACUGGAUGUGGAAUUUCCUCCAUUUUCCUGGGAGUUGCAAUUGUGACAUACAUAGCUUUUCACAAACUUCGAAAAGAUUAUCCUUCCAAGAUCCUGGUCAACCUGUGCACAGCACUACUGAUGCUAAACAUGGCUUUCCUGGUCAAUUCCUGGUCAGCGUCAUUUCAGAAAGAGGAACUCUGUAUCACAGCUGCAGUUGCUCUUCACUACUUCCUCCUCGUUUCAUUAACAUGGAUGGGUCUGGAGGCGGUUCACAUGUAUUUUGCUCUAAUCAAAGUCUUUAACAUAUACAUCCCAAACUACAUCUUUAAAUUUUGUCUAGCUGGUUGGGGAAUCCCAGCUAUUCUGGUGGCAAUCAUACUCAGUGUGAAAAAAGAUCUGUAUGGAACUUUGAACCCAGUAACUCCAUUUUGUUGGAUUAAAGACGAUUCUAUCUUUUACAUCUCAGUGGUGGCUUAUUUUUGCCUCGUAUUUAUCCUGAAUCUCUUCAUGUUCUGUGCUGUUUUGGCUCAACUUAAUUCUAUGAAAGGCCAAAGGCAAAAGAGUUGGAGGAAGAUGAUCCUGCAUGACGUCAAAGGCACGACAAGCCUGACAUUCUUACUUGGCCUCACCUGGGGCUUUGCCUUUUUUGCCUGGGGGCCUGUGAGGAUCCUCUUUUUAUAUCUUUUUGCCAUUUUUAACACCAUGCAAGGUUUCCUCAUUUUUGUCUUCCACUGUGCAAUGAAGGAGAAUGUGCGAGAUCAGUGGCAGAUGCACCUUUGCUGCAGAUGGUUUCGGCUGGAUAAUUCUUCUGAUGCGAGCAGCAGAUACGGGAUGAAUGUUGGCUACAUGCAGGAAGGACUGAAGAAAACCUUUGAACAUAAAUUGUUGACACUAUCCUUCGAGUCAACUGCGACUAAUUCCACUUUGAAAUCUUUAGGCUCCACACAAGGCUUUCCUUCAGACAUAAUCUUUCCCAAUGAUGACAUUGAUGACGAUCCCUACUGCAUCUCUCCCUUGAGUGGUGAAACUGUGCCUAAUUGUGUGAGAAGAAUAUUACCUGUGGAAAUGAAAAUGAAUUCCAUUCAAAAACAAAGCUACUGUCAAGAAAUCCCAGCAGAGAUGCCAUCCCCCCCUCCCCAGAUUGGGUGA